CUUUCUCCUAAAAAAAUCAUCACUAACCAAUUACAAUCUAUAAUCAAAUUCAUUACUAAUAAUUACUUCACCUAUUGAUCAAUAUAUCACUAUGGCCCAUUCCAAAACCCUCUUAUACACUUUCUUCACCACCUUUCUUUUCUCUUCCUUAGUCACCGCAAAUUACUACCAAAAUAUAUCCCCAUCAUACCUAGGUUUCAAACAAGAGAAACUCACACACAUCCACUUUUUUUUCCAUGACAUCGUUUCAGGCCCAAAGCCCACGGUUAGCAUAUCCGUGGAAUCUCCCUUAAGUGGUAAAUCAAAAUCUCCUUUACCAUUUGGAUCUUUGGUUAUUAUAGAGGACCCACUAACUGUUGGGCCUGAACUUAACUCCAAACAAAUUGGAAAAGCCCAAGGUUUUUAUGUAACCGUUUCUCAAGACGCUGUUUUGGAAUUAGAACUUGUUAUGGGAAUGACUUUUACUUUUACGGACGGUAAAUUUAACGGCAGUGCAAUAACCGUUUUGGGGCGUAACGCAAUUGGUGAUCUUAUAAGGGAAAUGCCUAUUAUUGGUGGGACCGGGGAAUUUCGAUUUGCACGUGGUUUUCUUCAAGCUAAAACUCACUUUGUUGAUUAUCAUAAAGGUGAUGCUCACGUGGAAUACAAUGUUUAUGUGUUUCAUUAUGAAUCUUCUACUUCUUCUGAAGAGGUUUUUGCUAAUGGAGUUCAAUUCAUUGCUGAACCUACGCUUGGUAAAAUAUAAUUUUUUUAAGGAGAUAACUUUAUUACCAAUACUAUGAAUACUUUUUAUACUUGGUUUCAUUCUCCAAUCACAAACAUAACAUGACAUGUUGUGUUGUGUUGUAGUGGAAGAAUAUCACCAAUAUUUUUUUUUAGUAUUGUAUCUAAGUUUUCUUCUAUUUUCAAAAAUAUAAAAAAUAAAGCUUUUUAUUUUUCAUUAUGUAGUUUAAUUUAUAAACCUAUUUUUUGUGCGUUAAAAUUUAAAUUUGUUAAGCUUGUAUCAGGUUAGCCUUUAAUAUAGUUAUUGAAAUAUUUAAAGGUGAUACAAGUUUUUGCAAAUUUAUAGUUCACACAAAAACAAGUUUUAAAAUUAUACUACAAUUGGAGAAUAAUUCCAAAGACUAAGAUUAAAAUUGUAAUAAAAAAAUAAAUAAACCUGUUGUCAUAUAUCGUAGCUAAAGUUAAAUUAAUGUUUUAAUAUUUUAAAUAUAAGCUAUGUACGUUAGCUAAAUAAUGUAUGACUAAAAUAUUUUAUAUUGUGAUUUAUGCAUCGAUCGUUGUUGGUUUGUAAUGAGAGAGGGAAAAAUGAGAAAAUCAACUGUAAUGAUGUAAAGAUAUGUAGUUAUGUGAAGUUUUGUAACAUUGACAUCUAUAUAUACAUUUUGUAUGGAAAAAAGUCUAAGUUGAAUUGUCGAUAUUCGAUGUACUGUUCGUGAAAUGUAAUAGUUGUUUUUAUUUGCAAUAAAAAAGUUACUUAUUACCAUUUUGAGCUA